AUGGCGGAAAUAAAUCCUAUCCAUUAUUAUACAGAAGGUGGAGAUGUCAUCCUUCAAGUCGAAUGUACUCAUUUCCUUGUACACAAAUCUUUCCUUUCACUCGCCUCAGGGUUCUUUAAGGACUUUUUUACUCUUGCAACGCCUAAUUCAAUUAUAACAAUUAACAUUACAAACGCUAGUAAAAGUUCGAUUCCUGUUAUUGAGGUUCUUGAAGAAAAUGUUAUUUCAAUUCAAGAUAUGCUAUCAUUUAUUUAUCCGAACACAAUAUUGGAUAUCAAUUGGAAAAAUGUUGAGAAUUUGUUUCGAAUAGCCGAUAAAUUCAUUAUUAGAAAACUUACAAAUUCUUGUGACUUAUUUCUUCAAAGCAACUUGAUUGAGAAUGUUCUUACCUCUUUUAGACUCGCAGAUCAAUAUCGCUUACCAAUCCCUUAUAAAGAAGCGUCUAAGAUUAUUUUAGAUAACUUUCUCAAAUAUGAAACUAAAGACGAUUUUAUGCAAAUUCCAAAAAGAGCACGAGAAAGAUUGGGAUAUGGCCGUUUUCUCUAUCUUAAUAUCUUAGAGAAAUUUUAUUUGCGAUUGAAUAAUAAGGGGGGUAAGAUUCGUAACCUAUGUGUUUAUCCUACACCCAAACCAUCAUUUAUAUAUAGUGAAGGCAAUAAUGUAGAAAUAUUUAAGGCACAUUCGAUUAUCUUAGGGGCAAGGUCAAAGUAUUUUAAUGCCGCAUUUUUUAGUGAAUGGACAAAGAAAGAAAAUGAUAUAAUCAUUUUUAAGAAACCGAAUAUUAAACCACAAUAUUCACUCAAUGACAUCAAUACAAAUCAUAUUAUUGAUUUUCUUAUUGCUACUGACGAAUUAGGCCUUGUUGAGCUAUUUGAACCUAUUCAAAGAUAUGUUCUUUAUGAUCAAACUAAGUGGGCGCAAGAAAAUAUUAUUAAAAUUUAUAACGCUACUGUGAUAACCGAAUUGACAAUGUUUCAAUAUUAUAUUAAAGAAAUAAUUGAUUCACAACCCGAAUUAAUUUUUGAAUCAAAUGAUUUUAUUUCGGUGAAAGAGCGUCUAUUAAUUUCUGUUAUAGAAAAAGAUGAACUUGCACUCGAGGAAACUGAAAUCUUUAAUUAUGUUAUCAAGUGGGGAAUGGGACAAAAACCCUCAAUUAAUACAGAUUUAUCAGAACUAACGCAAGAGGAUUAUGUGAAAUUAAAAGUUCGAUUAAGUGAAGUGAUACAAUAUAUUAGAUUUUUUUCAUUAACUAGUGACGAGUUUUAUGAGAUGAUUUGGCCAUUUAGGAAAGUUCUUUCUGAUGAUUUAAUUGAUAAAUUAGUCGAAUAUAAUCUUUGCACGAACGAUGAUAUAUCUUCGCAAUUUGAUUCAUUACCAAAAAGGGUUUCGAGAUUUGGUUCAAAUAUCAUCAGCUUAAUACGAGCAAAUAUUAUAUUAAAUUGGAUAGAUCAUGAUCAAUCUGGGAUUUCUUAUGACUAUAAACUUUUACUUCGCGGUAGUCGCGAUGGAAUGGAUAUGAAUACAUUUUUUAGACUGUGUUCUAAUGAGAGUUCUAUUGUGGUUGUAAUAAAAUUAAAAGAUUCAAUGAAAAUAAUUGGUGGAUAUAACCCAACAUCGUGGAGUUCAUGUGCUUAUAAUUGGAUACCCACCGACGAAUCUUUUAUAUUUUCUUUUGAUAAUGCUAAAUUGAAUUGUAAUAUAUUAAGCAGGGUUGAGAAUGAAGAUUGUGCGAUCAAAAAUUUUCUCGAUGUAAUUGGAUUUGGAGAUUUGCAAUUUUUACCCUCUGGAUCUUAUGAUCAUAAAUAUUAUAAAAAUAGAAUUAUUCAUAAGGAUUUAUUUAUUAUAGAAGAUUAUGAAGUAUUCAAAAUAAUCCCUAAAGAGUAA